GAUUUCAUUUGUUAGCGGUUAAAACUAGUUGUAAAUUUUUGAACUAUGAAAAUUUCCAGUUUGCGUGUGGGUAGAUUGAUUUGCGUCAAUCCAUACAACAAACUUUUUCAUUUAAAUCACAUCAAGCAUCUCAUCUCCUCUGACUGCUAUUACACACCUCAAAUACUUUGAAAUUCAUCAAGAAAACUGGAAGCUUGCGGAUGAGCUGCGUUGCGGUUGAGACAUGAUCAUUCUGUUAUCAACCGAUUCAAAAACCAAUGGAAUUGUUGGCGCGUAUCUGAGACAUGCUCAACCGAUUUUCAGUUGCCUCAUGGAAUUCCUGCAUAAGGCAAUCAGUUUACAGUGGCGAUUUUCGGAAGGCGAUUCUUCUCUUCACCCAAAUGAAAAAUCAAUCUCAUUUAUAUCCCGACAAUCUAACCUUUCCUUUCGUUGCAAAAGCAUGCGCAAAACUAUCAGACCUCAAACUGUCAAGGAUGAUCCAUGCCCACAUUGUUAAAACGCCCUACUGUUGGGAUGUAUAUGUGCAUACUGCACUAGUUGACAUGUACGUCAAAUGUGGUCGUUUGGGUUGCGCGCAGCAAAUGGCCGGCUCUGUGAAAUGCCCGUGUGUGGUAGCUUCUUGGAAUGCGUUGGUUGUGGGUUUCGCUCGAGCGGGUGUGUUUGAUAGAGUUUCUUUGCUGUUCAAUAGAAUGAGGGCUGCCCGCGUUGUGCCGGAUGCGGUUACUCUGAUGGGCUUGACUCAUUUGCUGUCUGGAAUGAAGGAUUCAAUGUUGUUGGGCGGUGUUCAUUGCUUUGGGAUGAAAUGUGGGCUUGAAAAGGACGUCUUGGUUGCCAACACUUUGAUAGCUGGCUACGCGAAAUGCCGCGACUUGUGCUCAGCUGAGAAGGUGUUUCUUGGCAUUGCUUUGGAUUGUUUGAGUGUAGUUUCGUGGAAUGCUAUGAUCGCUGGUUUUGCUUAUUUUGAAGAGUGGUUGAAGGCUAUUAAGGUUUACAUCCGGAUGCUUCGUGAUGGAUUUCGGCCUGAUGCAAGCACGAUUCUUAAUUUGCUAUCAUCGAUGGCUCAGCAGUCGGAUUCUUUACUGUGUGGGAGGCUUGUUCAUGCUCAUGGAGUUAAAAUCGGGUGUGAUGCGGAUAUCACCGUGCUUAACACCCUUGUUUGUAUGUAUUCAAAGUGCGGUGCCAUUGAUUCCGCGAGGUAUAUAUUCGACUGCAUGAAUGUGAGGUCCUGCGUUACAUGGACAGUGAUGAUUGGCGCGUAUGCAGAUAAGGGUGAUUUGGAUGAGGUGUUAUCCCUGUUCCAUGAGAUGGAGGCUGCUGGCGAGAAGCCUGAUUCUGUCACGGUUUUCCAUCUCAUAGCAGCGUGUGGUAAAGUCGGAGGGCUUGAGGUUGGGAGAUGGAUUGAUGGUUACACCACUGCAAAGGGGCUAAAGAAGGAUUUGAUGGUGUGCAAUGCAUUGAUAGACAUGUAUGCGAAAUGUGGAAGCAUGGCACACGCUCAUAACGUGUUUCUUGCCAUGGAUGAGACAAAUGUAGUCUCUUGGACGGCUCUCAUCUCUGGAUUCGCGCUUAAUGGCAGAUCUCGAGAGGCGUUAGAUCAUUUUGAUCGAAUGUUGGAGUCAGGUGUGAGACCAAAUCAUGUGACUUUCCUUGCCGUUCUUCAAGCCUGCACUCAUGCUGGUUUGUUGGAGAAAGGAUGGGAGCUCUUUAACAUGAUGACUAACGAGUACCACUGGAAUCCUGGAUUGGAUCAUUAUGCUUGCGUGGCCGACCUCUUUGGGCGUAGAGGAAAGCUGAAAGAAGCGUUGGAUUUCAUCCAAGAGAUGCCUUUCACACCAGAUGCGGGGAUUUGGGGUGCUCUGCUUAGUGCUUGCAAGAUUCAUCACAACUUAGAUAUUGGUGAGCACGCAGCGCGUCAUCUGUUUCGACUGGAGCCACAGGCUGCAGCGCCUUAUGUGGAAAUGGCUAAUAUAUAUGCAUUGGCUAACGAGUGGAGUGGGGUGGCUGCUAUGCGCGUGGAGAUGAAGUCCAAACAAGUAGCCAAAACCCCUGGCCAAAGUAUUGUACAUAUUGAUGGGAAAUGUUAUUCAUUUACAGUUGAGGAUCGGUUCCAUCCUAAUAGGUGUAAGAUAUUUGAGACGUUGGAUAACUUAGUUUUGCAGUUGAGAGAUGAUAUGGAUAUUUCUCCUUGCGAGGAAUUUCAAUCAUGAUUCAGGUAUGGGGUGUGGUAACUCAUGGGCUAUGGCGGCUUCUGUCUUCUGCCAUUAUCUUUUUGCAGGCAUGAAAUGAGGUCUCACUUGGUAUUCUUAUACCGAUUUCGGAUAACUGAAGGAACGUAUAUUUGCAUCUAAGAAGGCUGAAAUCCGGUGGUGCCUCUCCUAUGUUAUUGCAGAUGAGCGAUGUUUCUACCAGUUAGAUUUGGUUCACUCUUUCAUCCUUGAAGGUUAGUUUGAUGCCUCUAUGUUGACCGAUGGCGUGUUCAAUUGUUAGGUCUUGUCUCUUGUGGUGAAGCUGUUAUCGAUUUUCCAUCCUUUGUCUGACUUGACAUGAAUUUGGCCUUUCUGGAUCCAUGAAGAUAAUUGCAAAAUUCUCCACUUUUUCAUCAGAAAUGAUGGAAUGGAGAUUGUAUAGAUUAUUUGAAGACCAGUUAGUAUGGUUGCAGGUCAUAAUAGGUUCAAAAGUGUAAUUUAAAAUAGAUUCUGAACCUUGAAGUUUUGUUAAUCUGGACUAAUAUCUUCGUAGUUUUGCCUCAGAUGUAUGAUUACAAUCGACGAUUGGUUUUUAACUGUCAUUGUCAAAGUG